GCCGCGGACGCCGCGUCCCCGCCGCUGUCAGCACCCCGCGCCGGCCGUUCCUCUCAGUGGACGCGGGACCGCGCCGGCGUGCAGGCCUAGAGAAGGAGGAAGUUUGACGAGAUUCUACGGCACAAUAGGGGAGGCCCGAGGGUGGACCCAGACCACGUGGGAUUCCCCCCACGACCUGUGGAAGGCGACGUGGAAGAGGAUUCCGAAGCUACUUUCCUGCAUAGACUGGAGGGAUAGACACGCAGCCCUGAAGAGCCUGUGGAGAUGGGUUGUCCCCCUGUGAAAAUGGACACAUAAGCCUAAGAGUUAGCUCAAGCCCAGCGAUGGCCGGGGCCGCCUGACAACCGAUGUUCCCGUCGGUGUGAAUGGAGGCAGGAUCUCAGCCAUGGUCACAUUCAUCACUGAAAAGCUGCAAAACCAGAGUCUGGAUGACCUCACCUGCAAAACCCACGAGGCUGGCCCGUGUUCUGCUGAGAGACUGACCAGGAGUGGCCACUUGUUCCCUUUGGAGGUCAGUGUGGACAGGAGCCCCUGGAAGGCCUUUCGAGGAGGAUGGCCCACUGGAAGGCGGGCAGCUGCAGGCCCCUCCCACCCCUUCCUGCCAGCUCCCUGUGGUGCUGCUCAGGCCCAGGGACUCCAGUGGCGGCCAGAUUCCCCGGGCCUGUGCACCGGCCUGGGUGUGGGCAGUGCUGUGGACCUCCAGGGGAGCACGGGGCCACCCACGGCGCCACCAACCAAGCGACACUGCCGGUCCUUGUCUGAGCCAGAAGAGCUGGCGCGUUGCCGGUCGCCGUGGCGCCCUGGUGGCUCCAAGGUCUGGACUCCGGUCUCCAAGAGGCGCUGCAACAGUGGUGGGAGUGCCACGCUGCAGCGCUGUAGUGGCCUUGGGGGUGCAGUCCUGCCCAGGAGCCCCGUGUCGCCUGCUGGCCCCACGUCACCCCUGGCGCCCCGGCCAGCCUCAGCCAGCAGCGGCUUUGUGGACAGUAGUGAGGGCAGCACCGGCUCGGGCCCUUCCUGGCAUCCCACAGGGCCCUGUCCUCUGUCCUCGAGGCGCCGCCUGUCCCUCUCACAGGAGCACCUUGUGGAUGCUGGUGCCCGCCUGCCCUCGGCCAGUAGCACCCCCACAUCCACACCUGAGCUUGGCCGGCGCCACGGCCUGCUGCGGUGCCGGUCGCAGCCCUGUGUGCUGGGCAGGAGGAGGAGCCGGCGCAAGCGCAGGCGGGAGGAGGACACCAGGUGGACACGCCCAUCCUUGGACUUUCUCAAGAUGACUCGGACUUUAAAGAACUCAAAGAGCCUCUGCUCGCUGGACUAUGAAGAUGAUGAUGAGGAUGACACCCAGGCGAAGACGGUUGUGUCGUCCCCAUGUGACUCACAGGGCCUUGUGGGCAUUGUCACGCCCGGCUCCAGCCCAAGGGCCUCGAGGGAGCCUGAGGCUGUGGAGGGCGAGGGCGAGGGCGGGAGCAGUGGGGACCCCAGUGACUGGGACAGCGCUGGAGAAGAGGGCAUCUUCCCUCUGGACCAGGGAGACCUGGACCUGGAGCAGAUUGAGAACAACUGACCAGCCUGGCUGCUGCCUGCUCCCUCAGUGCAGAAACUGUUUCCUGCUGUUUGAACUUUGAGGCCUAAUUUUGACUCAGUUUUUCCUAAAGAAGUAUUUUGCAUUUUUAUGGCUUUUACAGUUCAGGGAGAGCUUCUCUAUUUUGAAAUGAAUUUUCAGAGGGGCUGGGGAUUUAGCUCAGCGGCACAGUGCCUGCCUGGCAAGUGCAAGAUCGUGAAUUCAAUUCCCAGUACCGGGAAAAAAAAAAAAAGAAUUUUCAGAAGGGCAUUGUAUUAAGUGCCAGUCACUCUGCGGUCCUUUUGUAAGAAGCCUACUGUGAGGAGCGGGUGUGGGUUGUGGCUAGGACCCUGGGGCUGGUGGUAGGUAUCCUCCUCCUGGGCAGCCACAGCUUGGGGCCUGUGUGGGUGAUUGUGCCCCUAGACCUGGUCAUCCUGUGCUGGCUCAGGCUGCAUGGCUCCCGGCCGGGGCGCGUGGUGCUGUGCAGGCUGGGCAGCAAGGAUGCCAUCCUGGAAGUGGCCCUCUGGCCAGUCUGUGGUGCCGCAUCUGUGAGUUCAAUAAAACACGUUGCUCUGCUUGG